AUGUCUUCACCUCCGAAUGUAGGUAGUGUCGAUCUCGAAGCGGUUCUCAAUGUUCGACGACGUACACUAACAUCUAUCGGUGAAUCAGCUUUUCAUCUUCAACAGCAUCAUCAUGCAGAUACCGUCUAUGUCAAACGCGAAGAUAAUUCUCAUUCAUUGUUCUCUAUUCAAUCAAGAAUUCUAAUCUUUGGUGAAUUGCAACUCUUAUGUAGUACAUUCGAACGCUUUACAUCAAAUAUAACAAUAUACGACGAAUCAGCCGACCCAUCUUCGAAUACAUCAAGUUUCUCCGCGCCGUUCAAUGAUAUUAGCGAGGAUGAUCAUGAAGCAUCUGGAGUAACAGGAGCACUUCGUCAAACUUCAAUCUCUUCUCAAUCGGCAUCUCCACCCCAAGCACCCAGUAGUCCCGCAACACGACGAAAGAAAUUCAGUGCCAUUGGACGUUCUCAAACGGUGGCAUCAACAGUGAGCAGCUACUCGUCACAAAGUCUUGACGGCAAACGUUAUGGAGCCAUCGAAAUCAGUAAUAUGAAUAUCAUCGAGAUCUUAGAAGUUCUCCUACGUACAGGAUUAGAAUUUGUGAAUGAAACAAGUUACUACGAUCAAGAGAAUGUUCUGCAUCAAAGUUUCGUCUUUUCUAAACUUCGUCAUACGGCUCAGAAAUCAGGACAAUCACUUGUUUUUGCAAGAUCAGCAUCCAUGGUUGGUACAUAG